AUGGUAACCGUGCACUUCCACAUGGCAGUCCCACAAAUGUUUGAAGACAGCAGUGAUCCCCCAGCCCUCUUCUGCCCCUUGUCUGCUACAAAUGUCCAGCACAUUAAGAGGAGAGACAUUGUGUUGAAGAGAGAACUUGGGGAAGGAGCUUUUGGGAAGGUAUUUCUGGCAGAGUGCUACAACCUCAGUCCAACCAAGGACAAGAUGCUGGUGGCAGUGAAGGCCUUGAAAGACCCUACCCUGGCUGCACGUAAGGAUUUCCAGCGAGAGGCAGAACUGCUCACCAACCUACAGCAUGAACACAUUGUCAAGUUCUAUGGCGUAUGUGGAGAUGGUGAUCCUCUCAUCAUGGUCUUUGAGUACAUGAAGCAUGGAGACCUCAACAAAUUCCUCAGGGCUCAUGGCCCAGAUGCUAUGAUCCUGGUGGAUGGGCAACCUCGCCAGGCCAAAGGAGAGCUGGGGCUGUCCCAGAUGCUACACAUUGCCAGCCAGAUUGCCUCUGGCAUGGUAUACCUUGCCUCACAGCAUUUUGUCCACCGGGAUCUGGCCACCAGGAAUUGUUUAGUCGGAGCCAACCUGUUGGUGAAGAUUGGAGACUUUGGGAUGUCAAGAGAUGUCUAUAGCACUGACUACUACAGGGAAGGGCCAAGCCGGAAGGGGCAGUUCAGCACAGCGUGGCAGCGGCAGAGGCUAGCAGCACCAGCAGCUACAACAGUGGGAGGUCACACCAUGCUGCCUAUUCGCUGGAUGCCUCCAGAAAGCAUCAUGUACAGGAAGUUCACUACAGAGAGUGAUGUCUGGAGCUUUGGGGUGAUCCUCUGGGAGAUCUUCACCUAUGGCAAACAGCCUUGGUUUCAGCUCUCAAACACAGAGGUUAUUGAAUGCAUUACCCAAGGUCGUGUCUUGGAGAGGCCCCGGGUUUGUCCCAAGGAGGUCUAUGACAUCAUGUUGGGAUGUUGGCAGAGGGAACCCCAGCAGAGGCUCAAUAUCAAGGAAAUCUACAAAAUUCUUCAUGCUCUGGGGAAGGCCACCCCAAUUUACCUGGACAUCCUUGGCUAGUGGUCAAAAAUUCCUUCUUUUUCCCUGCCCUACUUCUUUCCUACCUACCCUAUUCCCCAUUUCUUUCCUCCCUGACUGAAGCAAACAUCUUCAUAUAAACUCAAGUGCCUGCUACACAUACAACACUGAAAAACAAAACAAAACCCGACAACCUGUAAGGCAGUUUGGCGCAUAUAUAUGUGUAUAUAUAGC